AUGAUUUCUGUCGUGUCCACUGUGGAGAGCGCUCCCAGAGGCACGGGCACCCCGGCGCCGAGCCUUUACCAGCGGAUCAGGAAGGUCCUAACCAGGGACCUGUUGGUGACCCUGGCCCUGGGCCAGGUCUUGUCCUUGUUAAUCUGUGCUAUCGGUCUGACCAGCAAGUACCUGGCUGAUGACUUCCACGCUAACACGCCGGUGUUCCAGAGCUUUCUCAACUACAUCCUGCUGUUUCUGGUCUACACCACCACACUGGCAGUCAGGCAAGGGGAAGGGAACUUGCUGGCCAUUCUGAAGCAGCGCUGGUGGAAAUACAUGAUUCUGGGUUUGAUAGACAUUGAGGCCAACUAUCUGGUCCUUAAGUCUUACCAGUACACUACACUCUCCAGUGUACAGCUGUUGGACUGCUUUGUCAUCCCGGUGGUCCUGCUGCUGUCCUGGUUCUUUCUCUUGGUGAGGUACAAGGCUGCCCACUUUGUGGGGGCAGGACUGUGUCUGCUGGGUAUCGGCUGCAUGGUGGGGGCUGACAUCCUACUUGGUCGGCAGCAAGGCCUUGGAGAGCAGAAGCUAUUUGGGGAUCUUUUGGUUCUGGGAGGAGCAACACUGUAUGGGAUCUCCAACGUCUGCGAGGAGUUCAUUGUGAAGAACCUGAGCCGUGUGGAGUUCCUCGGCAUGAUGGGACUCUUUGGAUCCUUCUUCAGCGGCAUCCAGCUGGCCAUCAUGGAACACAAGGAGCUGCUGAAGGUAUCCUGGGACUGGCAGAUAGGUCUUCUCUACAUUGGUUUCAGCGCCUUCAUGUUUGGCCUGUACAGCUUCAUGCCGGUGGUGAUGAAGAGGACGAGCGCCACCUCAGUCAACCUCUCUUUGCUCACAGCUGACCUUUACAGCCUCUUCUGCGGCCUCUUUCUCUUUCACUACAAGUUCUCUGGCCUCUAUCUGUUGUCAUUCUUCAUCAUUAUCUUGGGCCUGGUCCUUUACUCCUCCUCAUCUACCUAUGUGGCCCAGGAUCCGCGGGUCUACAAGCAGUUCAGGAACACGGGCAGCCAGCCGGCCACCGACCCGCCCCCGCUCAGUCCUGGAGUCCCGGAGCCCUCCGUCACCUACACCAGCCUGGGCCCCGAGCCGGGGGACGAGCUUCCCGUACGCGUGGCCUAAGAACAACGGGGAGAUCUGGGAGGGUUCAGUCUGUCAGCCUGGUGGAUCAGUGUGUCAGCUGCAGCCUCCAGGUUCCGCUCACAGUUGUAUACAGAGAAAUAGCGAUGGCUGAGCCCAGUCUGCUGAGCAGGGCAGCUGCGUGAUCACCCAGGUAGGUCCAGGUUUUCAGUUUAUGGCCUGUAUUGAGGGACGGAGUCUCCACCUGCUCAGUGACCAAGUUAAGACAAAUUCAUGUAUCCAGAUAUGAGCAGAAUGUAAUUAAAUCAAAUAGCAGAGCAAGUGAAAAUGUUGAGUUCACUGUGAUCAAAGACUGUGAGUAGACAGUAGUGACUGUAAAUGAUCAUUCAUGUAAAUAGGUGGUAUUGUAAUUUUAUUUCAUCGUCUGCUUUCUUUUUAUAUCUGUCAAGAAUGUUUGCGCUUACUACCUGUGGAUAUGCUAAGAUUGUAUUCGCUUCAUUUCUUAUCUGAUUGCAAUCUACCGUGUUUCUAAAUCCACCUGCUCAGAGUCAGUGACAGCUUUAGUCAGUGCUCAACAGGCCGGAGUCGGUGAAUACGUCCGUGCAUCGUAGUGGCAGACGUGGGUGCACUGGCCAAAUGUACCAACUUGGUGAGCCAAUCACUGCCUUUUCCUCUGUACCUUUUCACAUGGUGGAUAUUUUGUAGGCUGCUAAAAAUAUAUUUUAGACGUCAUGUAUUUUAGCUGGACUACUUUUAGACCAAAAAAAAAAGCAUUCGGUAUUUACCCUCCAGAAAGUCACUGUGACCGUGGGAAGAAGGCUUUAUAACGGCAUUUAGACUUUACAGAAAAUACUGAAAAUAAACACUCAAAACUGAAGAAAAAUGCAAACAAUAAUAAUAAUGGUGAAAAUUAGAGACUUCGGUCAGGUCCUGGGAAGGGGUCUUUCGCUGGGGGGACUCGGACUCAUGACCUCGGCAUUUCUAGAAAUCCUGGCCGCUGCCCUGUAUCAGUUUUUCCCGUGAGGAAAAACCGAUGGGUCAAAAUACGACAAGGCCAGGUGCACAGGGUGUGUGUUACAAGACGGGAUUCAAAGACCAGUUGGUUAGAGUGGAUCCUUGUCGGACUCACACGGCAGCUGCUUUGACUUCUGACUCAACAUGCUGCGCUGCUUUAGUGCUGUUAGGACGCAGUUCAACGCUAACCAUAACUGACAGCUUUGAGAGUGGAGAUGGUUCAAGCAAGUGUUUUCUGACAGAACGCAGCUGUAGCUCUGUGUUUACCCUCCAGCAUCAGUGCAGUUCAGAAUUUCAAGCCAGACUUAACCGUGCUUUAUGUGACCCGCAAGAUUACGCUGUAAUCCCUGGAUUUGACAUGAAUUCUGUUCUUAAUCCCCGUCUCUCCACUCUAUAACAGCAUUCAUUUAGUUGCAGUCUUGUCACUUUAUAAGUGGCCAUUAAUCCUUCAACUAGACAAGACCCUUUUUAUGCACAUAGGCACAAAACCCACUCCAGAAGAGAGCCUUUAUUAUCAUCUGCUCAUUUCUCUCAUAUACAUCCAGCCGUCAAACUGGCUCUCAAACGCUGUGCCAUUAUUUGAGAGAUCUCACUCUCUGGUACUCACAGGAGCUGCGUGACGGCUACUUCAAAAUAAAGACGACUGUGAACGUUUCAGGAAAGCGUCGAAAGAUUUUAUUGCAGAUAGAGAUGGUGCGGUCGAUGAUCCUUGGAUUUUUUAGCGUGCAAUCAAGGGAUUCGUAAGAGCUAACGAAAAAUUACUGACUACCCUGAAAGAAAUCCCUCCUGUGUUCUGUUCCUUCUAACUCUCUAAGUCCGCAGUAUCGAUGCAGGAGGCAACGUGUGAAUCCAUAUUGAAUAAUAUUAAAAACUGAGACAGGCAAUUGUUGGUGGAAGAAAGGGAAGUCACCAGGAUAGGAUGGGGUCCCCCAGAGUUCUACCUCACCUUUUGGGAGGAGGUGGGACAGUAUUUUUUUAGCCAUGCUUCUAGUUCAUUUUUCACUUAUUUAAAUACAACUUUAAUUGCUGUUAUCCUCCAAUAAAGUCUUAACAUAAACAUACUAGUUAAAGUCUUUGCACGUGUCCUGGCCUCCUGUCUAGAACCACAUAGGAUUCAUGAAAUCUGUCAUCAGAUAACAUGCACUGGCUGCUCCACGUGAUUUUUGCUGCAAAGGACGUUGCCUUGUGCCGUGUUAAGUCUCGACACAGAAAAGACCUUUGACAGGCUGAUGGAAUCAAUGGGGGACAAAAUCUCCAAAGUCUAUCUGAAGUUAAUAUGAGGCUUCGGCAGUCUGAGCUAGUGAAAUCGACUGGCUAUCUCUGCUUAGUAUAAACUUCCCUUUUAUAGUGUCUCCCCAAACGCUGUUUCCUCGUGGAGCUGCAACGAGGGAAUUUCAUACUAAAAAAGACAGUAACUUCGGAAUAAAUCCACUUGAUUUCGAUUAACCAGACUGCUGAAGUGUCCUAUUAGCCUCAGAUAAACUUUGGAAUAUAUCGUGCAGGGAAAGAGGACUGUGGACUUUGUCUCCCAUCACUUACAUUGGAAGCACAUUAGAAAGAGAUCUCUUAACAGCCAGUACGAAGGGGCUAAAUUAUUACAGGAAGCCAAACCUGUUUUAACGUUCUCAUGGGCCCCUGACUAACGUUUAGCGCAGAAACGAUGUUGUGAUUGGCCAGUGAGCCCGGUCCCAGAACAUGCACGCUCUCAUGUGCGCCCCGAGUGACAGGUACACGGAGAGGGCCAUCAGCCAUACCAGGG